AUGAACAAUCAGUACGUCCGUCGGGAAGUCUUCUGCUGUGAAACUUGUCGUAAGCGCAAAAGCUUCUGGGAAAAAGAAAUUAGCAAACAGACUUGUUACCGGGAACUGGAGGAAGAUCGUCAGGGAAGGAGCGCCCUCGGGAAAGGCCCUGGGAAAUGGGAUUGA